ACCACAAAUAUAAGGAACAAAGUUUCUCCAUAUCCUUAUCCAAUCACAAAACUAAUUUUACACCAAUGGCCUUAUACAUAAUUUUUCCUUCCUCUUUGUUCAUUGACAUUGCUAAUUAAUUAGCCAUGAAAAUCCUAAUCAUAUUCAUAAUAUCAACAAUGUUGUCCACUAAUUGCCAAGCAAUUACUACUAAUCUCAACCCUCUAAUCUUGAUACCAGGAGCUGGUGGAAACCAAUUAGAAGCAAGAUUAACUUCAAAGUACAAGCCUACAAGCUUAUUGUGCAACAAAUUGUAUCCAUUAAAUAAAGAUAGUGAAGGUUGGUUUAGGAUAUGGUUUGAUCCAAGUAUACUUUUGUCACCCUUCACAAAGUGUUUUAAUCAAAGGAUGAAGCUUUAUUAUCAAACACAAUUAGAUGAUUAUUAUAAUAAUCCUGGUGUUGAGACUAGGAUUACACAUUUUGGUUCUACUAAAUCCCUUCUUUAUCUUCAUCCUUAUCUACAGAAAAUUACAGCAUAUAUGGAGCCACUUGUGAAGGCUUUGGAAGAAGUAGGCUAUAGAGAUGGUGAAAAUCUGUUUGGAGCACCAUACGAUUUUCGUUAUGGUUUAGCUGCAGACGGUCAUCCAAGUCAUGUUGGUUCGAAAUUUCUAGAGGACUUGAAAGAACUGAUAGAAAGUGCAAGUAAUUCAAAUGGAGGUAAACCUGUUAUUCUUGUUUCUCACAGUUUAGGUGGUUUAUAUGUCCAGCAACUACUCGUUCGGAAUCCAAAAUCCUGGAGUCAAAAAUACAUCAAACACUUUAUAGCAUUGGCCACACCAUGGGGAGGAACAGUUAUGCAAAUGCUCACUUUUGCUUCUGGUAACACACUUGGUGUGCCUUUAGUUAAUCCAUUACUCGUAAGGGAAGAACAGAGGAGUUCUGAAAGUAAUAUGUGGCUUUUGCCUUCUCCGAAAGUGUUUAACACUAAAUCACCACUUGUUGUUACCACUAAUGUUACAUACUCAGCUCAUGACAUCCCGGAAUUCCUUAAGAAUAUCGGGUUUCCUGAAGGGGUUUUGCCUUAUACAUCGCGUAUUUUGCCCUUGGUUGACAAUUUGGUAACUAGUACUGAUCAAGUGCCUAUCACUUGUGUAAUUGGUUGUGGGGUUAAAACUCCCGAGACGUUGCUGUAUGCAGAUGGGGAUUUUGAUAAGUUGCCUGAGAUUGUGUAUGGGGAUGGAGAUGGUACUGUUAAUAUGAUAAGCUUGUUGAGUUUUGAAUCAAAUAAGAGUACUUACCAGCAUCUUAAAGUCAUCAAGAUACAAGGAGUUUCACAUACAGGUAUACUAAAAGAUGAAAUUGCACUUGAGAAAAUAGUUGAAGAGAUUUCUUGUAUUAACUCUGAUAUUUCACUAGUUUCAAAAGCUUGAUCACGAUUCGUGAUGUUUCUUGUU